AUGGAGGCUAGAAUAGGAGGUGAAGCUCAGGUUUAUUACGGUAUGGGUUCUUCCAGUUUAAGGGUGGUGGGGCAGACUGAAUGGGAUCCCAGUCAUUGGAAAUGGGAUGGAGAUCUCUUCCUUGCUACCCCUAUCAAUCCUAAUCUCUCGAAUUGCCAGAGCAGGCAGUUUUUUCCGCUUGAGACGGGGAUAACAACAACUGGGGGUUCGUCUAACGGGUCCUCUUCCUGCUCUGAAGAAUUGAAUCGCAGGACUCAUAAAGAGAAGAAUGAUUUGGAUAAGAAAAGGAGGCAUAUCGUUUUUGAAAAUGACAAUUUAACAGAUGAGGUUGGUAGUGUUGCACUGCAGCUCUUCAAUGAAGGCAAUACUAGAAUGGAGAUGGGCGGGGGGAGCUCUGAUAGAAUGCCCGGGAAAAAGACUAAGUUCACUGGAGCUACUUCAAGUCGUGCAGUUUGUCAGGUUGAGGAUUGUGGGGCUGAUCUGAGUAAGGCCAAAGACUAUCAUAGACGGCAUAAGGUUUGUGAGAUGCAUUCCAAGGCGAAUAGAGCACUUGUUGGUAGUGUCAUGCAACGAUUCUGCCAGCAGUGCAGCAGAUUUCAUGAUCUCCAAGAGUUUGAUGAGGGGAAGCGAAGUUGCCGGCGACGUUUAGCUGGCCACAACAAAAGGAGGAGGAAAACCCAACCUGACAAUGAUAAACUUAACAGCCCUGUGAAUGAUAAUCAAACGAGUGGUCAUCUAUUAAUGAGCUUACUGAAAAUACUCUCCGACAUGCAUUCCAGUAGAUUGAACCACAAAGAUGACCAGGAUCUACUGUCUCAUCUUCUACAAAGCUUUGCUAGUCAUUGCAACUUACACAGUGAAAGGAACAUAUCAGGGCGUCUGCAGGAAUCACAAAACAUGUUGAGGAGUCUGCCAUGUAUGGAAAAUUCGGAGUCGGUAUUGGCCUUGCUCUCAAAUGGUUCUCGUGGCCAAAGACAACAUUCUAUGAUUCCCACAGAUGAUAUGCCAAAGAAGCACAAGCCCAUACAAUCUGCAACUUCUCAAAGGCCAGACGCUGUGUUCCCUGUCCUAAGCAGUUCUCCAGCUUAUGCAGUAGUCAGGGACAAUUCUGCUGGGAGAAGCAAACUAAAUAACUUUGAUUUGAAUGAUGUAUACGUGGAUUCUGAUGAUGGCAUGGAGAAUGUAGAAAGGUUGCCUGCCCCUGUGGAUCUAGGAGCUGGUUCUCUUGAAUGCUCUUCAUGGGUGCAACAAGAAUCCCAUCAAUCCAGUCCUCGAACAAGUGGAAAUUCAGAUUCAGCGUCUGCCCAGUCACCUUCCAGUGGGGAUGCUCAGAGCCGCACAGAUCGCAUUGUUUGCAAACUAUUUGGAAAACAACCAAGUGAUUUUCCCGUCUUCUUACGAUCACAGAUUUUUGAUUGGUUAUCUCACAGUCCUACUGACAUAGAGAGCUACAUUAGACCUGGCUGUAUCAUUUUAACAAUUUAUCUUCGUCAAUCUGAGUCUGCAUGGAAGGAGCUCUGUUGUGAUUUAAGCUCCAGUUUGAGUAGGGUUCUGGGUUUCUCUAAUGAUGACACUUUCUGGAGCACUGGAUGGAUGUACAUCAGGGUGCAAAAUCAAAUAGCAUUUGUAUUCAAUGGUCAGGUGGUUGUAGACACCGCUUUGCCUUUCAGCAGCAAUGAUCCCAGUAAAAUUCUAAGUAUCAACCCAAUUGCCGUGACAUCAUCUGAGAGAGCUCAAUUCGUUGUUAAAGGCUUUAAUUUAUCGCGGCCUUCGGCGAGGUUACUCUGUUCACUAGAAAGUAAUUAUCUGGAAGCUAAUAGUGAAUCAUUGGAACAUUUUGAUUGCCUUGAGGGGAAUGUUCAGUGUCUGAACUUUUCCUGUUCUAUUCCAGCAGUUACUGGGAGAGGCUUUAUUGAGGUUGAAGAUCAUGGUCUCAGCAGCAGCUUCUUUCCAUUCAUAGUUGCUGAGCAUGAUGUUUGCACUGAAAUCUGUACACUUGAGAGAGAAAUAGAAUUGGCUGUGACAGAUUCGUACCUCGGUCUCAGAGGCACUGAAAAAUUCGAGGUGCACAAUCAAGCCAUGGAUUUCAUCCAUGAAAUGGGAUGGCUUCUCCACAGAAAUAGUUUGAAGUCUAGGUUGGGGCACUUGGAUCCCAACUCUGACUGUUUUCCUUUUAAACGGUUUAAGUGCCUCAUGGAGUUCUCUGUUGACCAUGAUUGGUGUGCUGUUGUAAAGAAACUCCUGGGCAUUCUUUUCGGUGGAACAGUAGGUGCAGGAGAGCAGCCUUUCUUGAAGUUUGCACUGCAUGAGAUGGGUCUCCUUCACCGAGCUGUGCGGAAGAAUUCUAGGUCUCUUGUAGAACUACUGUUGAGAUAUGCCCCAGAGAGUGUAGCAGAUGAACUAAAUUCGGAAUACAAAUCCCUAGUUGAAAGUCAUGGGGAUUUCUUAUUUAGACCUGAUGUUGUGGGGCCCGCAGGUUUGACUCCUCUUCACGUUGCUGCUGGUAGGGAUGGAUCUGAGGAUAUACUGGAUGCACUGACUGAUGAUCCUGGAAAGGUAGGAGUCAAAGCUUGGAAGAGUGCUCGUGACAGCACAGGAUUUACGCCCGAAGACUAUGCUCGAUUGCGAGGCCACUAUUCUUACAUUCAUCUUGCGCAGAGGAAAAUUAACAAGAAAGUAUAUUCCGGGCACGUGGUGGUUGAUAUUUCUGGCACUCUUUCAGAUGGAAGCACCAAUCAGAAGCAAAAUGAAGGAGUUACAGCUGGUUUUGAGAUAGGAAGGACCAUUCAGCAGUCGUGUAGGGUUUGUGAUCAGAAGCUUGCUUUCGGUAUUGGCAGUCAAUCUCUGGUUUACAGGCCUGCAAUGCUCUCAAUGGUGGGCAUAGCUGCUGUGUGUGUUUGCAUGGCUCUUCUUUUCAAAAGCUCGCCUGAAGUUCUCUAUUUGUUCAGUCCCUUCAGGUGGGAGAUGUUGGACUAUGGUUCCGGCUGA